AUGAAUCGGGGAAACUUUCUUGAACUUUUACACUAUACAGCUGAGCAAAAUGAAGAAUAUAGAUUAGUAGCAUUGGAGAAUGCUCCUGGACAUGAUAAAUUGAUUGCUCCUAGUAUCCAAAAAGAUAUAAUCAAUGCAUUUGCAGUUGAAACCGUCAACAAACUAAUUAGUGAUCUUGGAGAUGCUUCUUUUUCUAUACUAGUUGAUGAAGCUCGUGAUGGAUCCAACAAAGAGCAAAUGGCAAUUAUCUUACGUUAUGUAAAUAAAAGAGGAUGUGUUGUUGAGUGUCUAUUGAGCAUUAUGCAUGUCACGGAUACGACUGCUUUGUCACUAAAGAUGGGAAUCAAAACAUUGUUCUCUAAAUACAAUUUGAGCAUAUCAAGAUUAUGUGGACAAGGUUAUGAUUGUGCAAGUAAUAUACGAGGUCAGUUUAAUGGGUUAAAAGCACUUAUAUUGAAAGAUAAUGAAUAUGCCUUCUAUGUUCAUUGUUUUGCUCACCAACUUCAAUUGGCACUUGUAUCUGUGGCAAAAAAGGAACAAAUAUUAAGAGACUUUUUUUGA